AUGCGUCGAGCCGGGCAAAGCGCCGCUGAUACCCCGCUCCUACGAGUAUCUAGGCCAGUCUCAGCAUGUUCAAGAUGUCGAGCCGCAAAAAUCAAGUGCGAUGGGAAAUUACCUGCGUGUACUGCGUGUGAAAAAUCUGGACGACUGAACGAAUGUUCAAGUGCAAAUGAUCAGUUUGCGAAGGGGAAGGAAAGGAGUUAUGUUGCUUCUCUUGAAUCACGAGUCGAGAAACUCGAGAAGCGCCUGGCAUACGCUCGGUUGAGGAAAGCAUCUGUUGCGAUGCAUGAUGUUGAUACACCAACGGAAUUGCCAGAGCGGAAGGACUCUCUGGCUACCAUUAGAGCCGCUAUUCAUGGAAAAGCAGCUAGAAGGAGGGAGGCUGCUGAUGUGAAUGAAUUGGUCUCCGACUUUGGUUUCCUAUCUGUACAUGCUACCACGCGCGAUUUUGAAUCAUCAACAACAAAUAUGACAUUUGCUAGACUCAUUCUUUCAGCGGCCAACCAUGACGAAUUGCCUGAAUCAGAUUCUCUACAAUUGCCACUAAGAUCUGUGGCGACAGCAUCGAUUCAAUAUUAUCUCGAUAACAUUUUUGCUCUAUAUCCAAUUGUCUCCGAGACAGCUCUAUUCAAUGCAUUAGAUAAAACUUAUCAGGGUGGCAGUCAGCCGGUGACUGAUUUUGAGCAUUGGCUAUUCUACAUGGUCUUAGCCAUAUCAUCCACCGCCCAAUCCCGAAAUUAUUUAGACUCCAAAUACGAGGAGGGUGUUUCUUGGGCUGGCCGUGCUCUUGCCUACGCUGAUCAUGUUCUCAUGCCUGGCCAUGUCUCCCAAAUCCAGGCAUUGGUACUGUUUGUUCAGUAUGCAAUGCUGGACCCAGCCCACUUUGACAGCUGGCAGUUGAUGGGGUUUGCUUGUCGGGCAGUUGUAGAUUUGGGAUUUCAUCAGGAUCCACCUAAAGAGCAACAACCAGAUAAAAAAGCAUUAGAUAUGAGGAGGAGGAUAUUUUAUUGCGUCUACUCGCUCGAUAGAUCUAUCAGUAUGGUUCAUGCAAGAGCCUUUUCCUUUACGGACGAUUCAUCUAGCGUUGAAUAUCCAUCCGUAUCACCCACGCUCCCUCCGAUGGGUCAGGCGGAUUCAAUAGUUGGCCCCCAUUCCAUGGAUUCCGCACAUCUGUUGUGGCAAUUACGACGUGCUCAGUCAAGUUGGUAUCAAGAGCUGUUUCAGUCCAGUCGAGAACCAUUGCCACAAGGCUCAACAUACCUCUGGAAGAUGUGUCAAGAAAUGCGAGACUGGUCUAACUCCUUUCCUGAUUCGCUCCCGCUUGCCUUCAAGGAUUUCUUCGACUUGGAAUUACUCUAUAGUUACGUUUAUUGUCUUGCCCCAUCAUGCCGAGUUCACGUAGUAUCAGAUUAUGCAAAGAAUCUGAUCUUCGACCACGCCAUAACAUACAUGCAAAAGAUUUUUCCUAUCAGUCAAGAUCCUAUCAAUAAGGCAUUCUAUACCUAUCAUGAUGCUCUACGAGUUUAUUUCAUUGGAAGUCAGUUAAUGGCGGUGCUUUCAGACUGUCAAGAUCAGAUAUUCAAUGGCUCAUAUAACACUGGUGGAACGAGCUCUCCACCACCGUCUCUUCCGAUAGUCACUGGAUCUGAUCACAUCGAUCGGAGCCUCAACUGUAUAAACCAUAUCAAGGAAACUUUGAGGACAUUUGGUCAAAGAUGGGAGGAUUCAAAGGCACUUCUGUCAAGUUUCGACACUCGAGCCGAGCCAAUCAUCGCAAGCCUGCACGGGAGAAAACAGCAGCAGCAGCAAUAUAUCAAAGAAGAGUCUCCUAUUGAUCACAGCCCGAAUUAUAUACCACAACCUGGUUACGAUCAUAGAACUUAUCAAAUGAAGCAUGAGUGGCCAAAUAUGAACCCAAUAUAUCCGGACGCUUCAGGAUUUGGCGGAGCCGGUCAUGGAGCUGGAGCACCCGGCUUGUAG